AUGUUAUUUUGUCCUACUUGUGCUAACUUAUUACUGAUAGAGAAGACUCACAGUGAUUUUAGAUUCUUCUGCAAGACAUGCCCCUAUGUUUUUGUGGUGGAGUAGAAUUUCGAAAAGAAGAUGCAACUAGAAAGAAAAGAGGUAGAUGAUGUGCUAGGAGGAAAAGAGGCCUGGGAAAAUGUAGACUAGAUUGAAGCUCAAUGUCCUAAGUGCAAUAAUAAGAGGGCCUACUUUAUGCAGAUUCAAAUCAGAUCGGCUGACGAGCCAAUGACUACGUUUUAUAAAUGCACCUAGUGCAGCUAUCAGUGGAGAGAGAAUUGA